AUGGCUAGACCUGUUGAUGUAUCGCAACUACUGGGGACUUUGAAAGGUCAUAAGAGUGGGAAUAAUAUAGGGAAGAAACCUUUAAAGAAAGCAAAAUUUUUAAGUAAAAGUGAAAGGGAAGCUCUUCUUCAAAGUGAAAAUACAAAUGUUAACAAUAAGAAGUUCGUAGAGGAAGACAAACCUUCUACAAGUAAUGAAAAUGUUCCACAGGACGAUGCAGGACGUACCAGCACGGAGUCUCUUAAGCAAGAACCCUCGGUUAGACAUAGUAGUACAAAGUCGAAAUUUAAUUUUGAUUGGCAAAACUCAGAUGAUACAUUAACUGAUUAUAAACCCUUGACAACAUUAAGAGUCAAUGAUCUACUGAAAGCAAAAAGUAUAGCCGAUGAUGGACUCAAUAAGAUUGAGGAAUCAUACUUAGGUAAGCAUUGGACUCAGAAGAAAAUUGGUGAAAUGACGGAAAGAGAUUGGAGGAUUCUAAGAGAAGAUUUCCAAAUAUCUAUUAGAGGUGAUUCAAUAAAACAACCACUUCGAAACUGGAAUGAACUGAAUUUAAUUCCAAAUGAUCUAUCUAACAUUAUAAUCAAGGACUUACGUAUGGAAAAUCCAACACCUAUUCAGCGUGCAACCAUUCCAAAUUUUAUAUCUAACAACAAUAGAUCAGUACUAGGUGUCGCAUCGACAGGGUCAGGUAAAACAUUUGCAUUUAUCAUUCCUAUUUUGACCAAAUUGAACCAAAUACCAGAUAGACCAAGAUCCAUCAGAGUACUAGAAGGACCAAAGGCCCUUAUAUUGGCUCCAACAAGAGAAUUGGCCCAACAGAUUGAAACCGAAGCAAAAAGAAUAACAAAUAUAUGGGACAAACAUGAUUACAAAGUUGUCUCAAUAGUGGGUGGACAUUCUGUUGAAGAGAUCAGCUACGAACUUUCCGACGGUUGUGAUAUCCUGGUCGCAACACCGGGUAGAUUGAUAGAUUGUUUAGAGAAUCAUAUGUUAACAAUGGGCUCUGUGUCAACGGUGGUCCUGGAUGAAGCUGAUAAGAUGAUUGAUCUGGGGUUUGAGGAACAAUUGACUACUAUCCUUAAUAUAUUGGAGAUGGAUAGUACAAUAAAAAAAGAAAAAAGACAGAUUGUAAUGUUUACUGCAACAAUGACAUCACCUAUCGAGAAAAUUGCUAGACAAUACUUGAACAAACCUAUUAAUAUAUCAAUAGGAAGUUCCGAGAAUACCAUACCAAAAAUUCAACAGAAAGUUAUAUAUGCACCAAGUGAUGAUAUGAAAUUUAAUAAAGUUGUGGAACAACUUAGGGAUAGUUUGCCUCCGGUCAUAAUAUUUAUUAAUCAUAAGAGAAUUGCUGAUAUCUUAGCAGAAAAGCUAAAAAAGGAGACAAGGUGCAAUGUGGUCACGCUUCAUGGUUCGAAGAGUCAGGAACAAAGAGAAAAAUCAUUAAGCGCAUUAAAAAAUAAUAAUGCUCAAAUAAUGAUCGCAACCAGUAUUGCUGCCAGAGGGUUAGAUAUUCCAAAUGUAUCACUUGUUAUUAAUUACGAGAUGCCAAAAAAUUUUGAAGAUUAUGUCCAUAGGAUAGGUAGAACUGGUAGAGCUGGAAAUAUUGGUACUGCAAUAACUUUUAUUGGCGAAUACGAGGACAUAACAAUUGUGGAAAAAUUACAAAAAUAUGUUGAGACUGAAAACCCGUUACGUAAUAAUGAAUUUGAUCGUAAGAUCGAAAGGUUAUACAAAAUUCAUGAAGCGAAGUCUGAGUAUAUAAUAUUUUGA